AUGGAGCCUGAGCUGAAACACACACUGCCUGGGACCCUGACCUGGAGCCACAGAGGAGGUCCAGAGAGUCAAGAGAUGAGUUUCUUAGAACAAAGAGAAAACUCUUGGUUAUCACCAGCUGUGGCCACUAGCCCAGAAAGAACCCGCGCACCACGGGGUGUCAAGGCUUCCAGAUGGACCAGGCAGGAGGCUGUGGAGGAAGCAGAGCCACCAGGUUUGGGAGAAGGUGCCCAGUCGGGACCAGCUGCUGAGUCCACCAGGCAGGAAGCCACAUUCCCCAAGGCCACACCCUUGGCUCAAGCUGUUCCCUUGGCCGAAGUGGAGACCUCCCCAGCAGGGUGGGACCUCCUCUUGCCUGACAACGGUGCAGCCUCAGCAGUGGAUUCCAACACGAGUGACCCAGAGGCCUGGGACUGUGAGCUCGAAGGUCUGGGGGAGCGCAAGUCACCGUCCUGCCUGUCCCCACAGGCCCCCCUUCUCAGCUUGAGCUGGGAUGACGAGCUACAGAAGCCUGGGGCCCAAGUCUACAUGCACUUCAUGCAGGAACACACCUGCUAUGAUGCCAUGGCCACCAGCUCCAAACUGGUCAUCUUUGACACCACGCUGGAGAUUAAGAAGGCUUUCUUUGCCAUGGUGGCCAACGGCGUGAGGGCAGCCCCUCUGUGGGACAGCAAGAAGCAGAGCUUUGUAGGCAUGCUCACCAUCACAGACUUUAUCCUGGUGUUGCACCGCUACUACCGAUCCCCCCUGGUCCAGAUAUACGAGAUUGAAGAACAUAAGAUUGAGACCUGGAGGGAGAUCUACCUACAAGGCUGCUUCAAGCCUCUUGUCUCCAUCUCUCCCAACGACAGUCUGUUUGAAGCUGUCUAUACCCUCAUCAAGAACCGAAUCCACCGCCUGCCCGUCCUGGACCCAGUCUCGGGCGCUGUGCUGUACAUCCUCACGCACAAGCGACUACUCAAAUUCCUGCACAUAUUUGGCGCCCUGUUGCCUCGGCCCUCCUUCCUCUGCCGCACUAUCCAGGAUCUGGGCAUCGGCACAUUCCGAGAUUUGGCUGUAGUUCUGGAAACAGCUCCGGUCUUGACCGCACUGGACAUCUUUGUGGACCGGCGUGUGUCUGCACUGCCUGUGGUCAAUGAAUCUGGUCAGGUCGUGGGCCUCUACUCCCGCUUUGAUGUCAUCCACCUGGCUGCCCAGCAAACCUACAAUCAUCUGGACAUGAGUGUGGGUGAAGCUUUGAGGCAGAGGACGCUGUGUCUGGAGGGAGUUCUCUCCUGCCAGCCCCACGAGAGCCUGGGUGAAGUCAUUGACAGGAUUGCACGGGAACAGGUGCACAGGCUGGUGUUGGUGGAUGAGACCCAGCAUCUUCUGGGCGUGGUCUCCCUCUCUGACAUACUUCAAGCGCUGGUGCUCAGCCCCGCUGGCAUCGAUGCCCUCAGUGCUUGA